AGCAGGCAGACUGUGGGGAAGUGUGUGGAUGAGUGUCGGAGAUAAGAGGACGAGUUGGGAGUGGGUUUUGAGGGAAAGGUUGAGGGGUGGAUCUGCAGGUUGCCCCGCCCACUUCUGCCCGACUCCCCCCGGAUAUUUAUAGCGACGAUGAUGAUGUGCCCCGUCAACCCACGUAACGGAAACAAACCCGCCGCCCAGGAGCGGAUCCGCCGCGGCUCACAUUUGCUGCGGCUCCACCAGAGAGGAAGACGCCCAUGAGAUGAAACUGGACAUUCACUCGGUGUCGGGGAUGUUGCUGCUGCUGCUGCUGCUGCUGAUGCUCACCAGCUCGUCGCAGGCAGGAGGUCAGAGCGCAGCCUCUGUCUCCACCAUGGUGGCCUUGGUGAGAGACGAUGCACAGGUGACAUCACAGCCUGCACAUGCGCUCCAUCAGCGGACAAGCAACACUGCAGCUCCUGCAAUACAUGCGACUGAAGAAACACUCCAAACAACAUCCAUCGCUGAGAGAAUAUCCAGCUCUGCAGAGCAGGUGUCACCCACCUCAGGUUUGACUGCAGCUCCUCCACUACUCCACUCCUCGACCGUGGUGACCACUCAGGUGGUGGCCUCGACCAUCACGUCACCUAAACCUGUCCUGACCUCCACCUCCGCACUGUCUCCACCAUCAUCAGGACAUCUGAGUCCGACUCACGUGGAGUUCCCCUCUCAGCUUAAAGUCGGAGAUGAAGAUUUUAAGGCUCACCGCUCGCGGCCAAAUCUGGACCCGUUGCUCGCUGGCCUGCUCUCCAUCUUCAUCAUCACCACUGCUGUCGUCUUUGUGGUGCUGUUCCUCAAAUUCCGCCAGAGAACCAACAACCCUGAGUUCCACCGCUUACAGGAUCUACCAAUGGAUGAUCUGAUGGAAGACACGCCGCUCUCCAGAUACAGCUACUGAGGGGAACAAUACAACUGCAUUUGAGUAUUGAAAAGUAUCCAGAAGUACUUGGCAAGCUUAGCUCGGCUCCUUUGAAAAACCCAGCAGGCCUCAGAUCGAGAUCAGAUCUUUUAAAAACAGGACAUUACUGUAUUUCAACAUUCCCUUUAAAAUUCCAGUCAAGGCUCCUUCAGUGUGUACCGCGUUUGAAAGAGGCACACUGACCUCUUGUGGCAAUUUUUGGUAAUGCUUCCUUUGGAUACACGAGUAGCGAUGUUGGACGUAUUUAUUGAAUCGUAGUAGGUGCCUCUGUGUUACAUGCUGCUUUAUAUUGGGCUCAAUGGACCUGUUUGCUGUAGUUUGAAUGUACUCGCCUGUAAAGGACUAGUUUGAACUGUAUUCCUAAGUGACUUUAACGUGCCAUUGUACUAUACUGAUGAAGUACCAGUGUCACUGCGUAUGUAUGUGUCCUGGCAGUGUAGCCAGUUCAGAAGUUAUUUAUAAUAUUUAUCUAAAAUAAACAUUUGAAAACACCGUUCCACUGCUAAUAUUUGGG